UCAAUAGCGUAUCGCUGUGGUGUGGGCAUGAGGGGCCACAGGGCUGCCGCACAGGUAUAAAUCUGCAGCUGCCUGCGAACUCUGACACAGCCCAGGCAUGUUUGGCACAAAAAGACGUGACGGCUCCAGCGGCGUGGUGCAAUCCCUGCAUGGUGCAAACACACGUGGCCUCGAUGCUAGUGGUGACCAGGCUCAGGCACUAACCGGGCUGCAGCAUUGCAUGCAGUGCCAUAGCAAGGACGUGUGUGGGCAGGACAUGUUUGGUGCACAUGUGGCCACAACCCAGGAGCCUCCAAAGUCUGCUAAAAGCACCACAAAGCCCAGCAGCGGCAGCAGUGGUGGUGGGAAGGAUGGUGGGGCAGAGAAUUCAGAGGAGGUCCAGCAGCAGCUGCCACCCCCGACUUCCAAUAAGCGCCCCAGUAACAGCACCCCCCCGCCAACGCAGCUGAAUAAGAUCAAGUACUCCGGAGGACCCCAGAUUGUAAAGAAAGAGCGACGGCACAGCUCCUCCCGCUUCAACCUGAGCAAAAACAGGGAACUGCAAAAGCUCCCUGCCCUCAAAGAUGCUCCUGCUCAUGAACGAGAAGAGCUCUUCAUACAGAAGCUGCGACAAUGCUGUGUUCUCUUCGACUUCAUCUCCGACCCGCUCAGUGACUUGAAGUUCAAGGAGGUGAAGCGAGCUGGGCUCAAUGAGAUGGUGGAGUACAUCACGCAUAACCGGGAUGUCGUCACCGAGGCCAUCUACCCUGAAGCUGUCAUCAUGUUUUCAGUGAACCUCUUCCGGACCCUCCCCCCCUCAUCCAAUCCAACCGGAGCAGAGUUUGACCCCGAGGAGGAUGAACCCACACUAGAAGCUGCCUGGCCACACCUCCAGCUGGUGUAUGAAUUCUUCCUGCGGUUCCUGGAGUCACCCGACUUUCAGCCAAAUAUAGCCAAGAAAUACAUUGACCAGAAGUUUAUCUUGUCACUGCUGGAUUUGUUCGACAGUGAAGAUCCCAGAGAGCGAGACUUCCUGAAGACCAUCUUACACCGGAUUUACGGGAAGUUCCUGGGUCUGCGAGCGUACGUGAGGCGGCAGAUCAACAACAUAUUUUACAGGUUUAUCUAUGAAACAGAGCAUCACAAUGGGAUUGCAGAGCUGCUGGAGAUCUUGGGCAGUAUAAUCAAUGGGUUCGCUUUGCCUCUGAAGGAAGAGCACAAGAUGUUCCUCAUCCGGGUCUUGCUACCUUUGCACAAGGUGAAAUCGCUGAGUGUCUACCACCCACAGUUGGCAUACUGUGUUGUGCAGUUCUUGGAGAAAGACAGCAGCCUGACCGAACCGGUGAUUGUGGGUUUGCUGAAGUUUUGGCCGAAAACGCACAGUCCCAAGGAAGUGAUGUUUCUGAACGAGCUGGAGGAAAUACUGGAUGUGAUCGAGCCCUCCGAGUUUGUGAAGGUCAUGGAGCCCCUGUUCAGGCAGCUGGCCAAGUGUGUUUCCAGCCCACACUUCCAGGUGGCCGAGCGAGCGCUGUACUACUGGAACAACGAGUACAUCAUGAGCCUGAUCAGCGACAAUGCAGCCAAAAUUCUCCCCAUCAUGUUCCCAGCACUCUACAAGAAUUCCAAGAGUCACUGGAACAAGACGAUCCAUGGCCUGAUCUACAAUGCCCUCAAGCUGUUCAUGGAGAUGAACCAGAAGCUGUUUGAUGACUGCACGCAGCAAUACAAGGCAGAGAAGCAGAAGGGGAGGUUCAAGCUGAGGGAGCGAGAAGAGAUGUGGCACAAGGUUGAGGAGCUGGCCAGGCAGAACCCCCAGUACCCCAUGUAUUACGCACCCCCACCUUUGCCUCCUAUUUACUGCAUGGAGACAGAGACCCCAACUGCAGAGGACAUUCAGCUACUGAAGAAAACGGUGGAGACAGAGGCUGUGCAGAUGCUGAAAGACAUCAAGAAGGAAAAGGUUUUGCUGCGUCGGAAAUCUGAGCUUCCUCAGGAUGUCUACACUAUAAAAGCCCUGGAGGCCCACAAGAGAGCAGAAGAAUUCCUCACCUCAAGCCAAGAGGCACUCUGACGGGCUAGGGAGCUGCCCUGGGAGGCCUGGCCCCCCUCCCCCUUCCCCCCAGGGGUACCCAGAAAUGCACUUGGUUCUAAUGUAUAACUAGGGAAUGAACAUGGUGAGCUGUGCCUGUCCACGCCAUUCUCAUUCUUUCAGGGUAGAUUUGGUUUUACAUUGUACCUCGUAUCUCAUUGCAUUGUCACAUCCUCCUGCUUUUUCCUUUAACGCUGUUUUGUGUGUGCGUCUGCAAAGAGAACCCAGCCAGUCCAUUUUCGCAUCAUUCCAGGCAGGAGUCAUUCCAUUCCCUGCUGCUUACUGACACAGGACCAAAGCCUCCCCCCGAAUGCUCAGUGGCUGGAUGGGAUUCCUCAGCCAGAGCCUACAUCACAUGGUUCUGCACACAGCCCAAGGCCCUGUGCAUGGACCAUCCUCCACACCCACCCCCUGCUCCAUCUGUGCAUCAGAGACCCGUAGCCAUGACAGCAGAGAGAGGCUCAGUUGGUUGAAUCAAGUCUAUCCACAGGGCAGGUUUGUUCACUACAGUGGAUUCUCAAGGGCCUUUUCCAGUCGAAUUGUAACUGUCCUCGAUGGGAGGUGAUUCCACCAGUUAAUAAUCUCGCUUGGCAAGAGAACAGGUAUUUACCUUAACUUUUCCUUUACUUAACUGAAUCUCCCCAGUCUGUUCUCUCCCCUCCUCCCCGCCCACCAUAUGGUGGGCUAAUCCUUUCCUGCAGUCUCUGAAUGUAAGCACAUUAUUACCCCUAUUCCUUUGUAUCCCCCUCAUAUAAUUACUCUCUCCCUUUUUCAUUUAGCAUGAUUCCCCCACCCCCCGAAGGUUUUUA